AUGGUUGAUGACUCCGUCACUGAUUCCCACAGCAAAAAUCUCCAUGAUCCCGACAGUGCGGAGCUUGUGUUUAUCGACAAGUACGGGUGCAGAGACGGAAAGGAGUGCCAAAAGCGCCGCACCAAACCGAAGCAAGACGCUCAGACGCGGUACCGCAGUUGCUGGCCAGCUCAGAGUCCUGCCGUCACACCGACGUCCCCGCUCGACGUCGACGGCCUCGACCGAGACCCGCCAUUGGGAAUCAAGACCCGCGGCAUCACCUGCGAAUACUUCCUUACGCAGCGUCCGGGCCGUAGGCGCUCGAGCACCGGUGGUAGCGCAGCACCAUGCACCACCACGGCCACACUCACCGCCGCCAUCGCAGCAUCAACCUCGGGUCUCGCCUCACGGCGCUCCUCGGGCUCCACCGCCAACGCGGCAGGCAGCUGGCCUCGGUACAGGGAGGCGGACACGUUCGGUGCAGACCAUGGCUUGCAGGCAUCCCUGAUGCCCUGCUUCCUGGUCGGGGACAUGACUUCUUCCGCCAUCAGCAGUAGCAGCAGCAACCACACAAGCAAUCACAGCAGCAACCACAACAGCAACAGCAGCUCCAGCUCCCCGCUCAGCCCCCGCACUUCGGUCUCGCCGGGAGGGACGGACCAUGUGGCGGCAACCGACAGCAUCGCGCAUCUCUUUGCCGGUGCCGCGUUCCCCGACCUUGACCCUUUCCCCUGGGAACUCGGCGACGUGGGCAUGGUGACGUCCGCCCUGGACCCGCCGUCGACUGCCGAUAGCAGCAGCCGCAACGGCCUUGUGCUGGACGACGCGGCCUCGCUGCUCAUAUCGGCCGUCAACUCGGACUACAUGGCGUGCAACAGCACCCAUGACUUCGCCGUCUCGGACUCGUGGCCGCCGGCGGACCUGAUUCUUCACACGGAUUAUGAACCAGGGGGUACCCAGACGCCGCCACCAUCCAAGAUGGAUCUGCAGGACGAUGAUGAACUCCUGGACAAAAACGGCGGCGCUGAGACACCACCGCCGUGCGCCUGCUUGGAGAGAGCGCUGGACCUCCUGAAGAGCCUCUCGGCUUCCUCCAAUCUGCUGAGAGACGGCACCAGCCGCAUAUCACUUCAGACGGUGCUGCUGGAGAACAAGCAGGGCAUCGAAGCCGUCGAGGACACGCUCGGAUGCCGCGAGUGCGCGCACGACGGUUUCUUGCUCGCCGUGCUGGCCAUGGUUGUGCUCAAGAUCGUGGAGCGAUACGCCGCGGCGUCGCAGCACAGAGGCAGCAACACCAUCAAUCCUGCGCCCAGCUGCAAAGACAGGAAAAGCGCCACCCUCAAAUCCCCGCCCCGCACUCACGAGGAGGCCAGCUGGCACCACACCCCGGGCACCGACGCAGAGAACACCGCCGCAGCCCAGCUCGUCCUCGGCGAGCUGCACCGCGCGCAGCGGGUAGUCAACAAGCUGUCGCCGCGGCUCAGUGCCGCGCCUCCCGGCACGACGAAAGCCGCCGCCCGCGGGACGGGAUGCGGCGGCGGGGUGGGAAGCCGAGAUGCCGCCGCGGCGGAUUGCGCGUCGGGCUGGCCGCAGCUGAACGGCGAUGCGAUUUGCGGACGACAAGGAGACGCCGGUUGGCUCCCGCCGUUGUCGGUCGCCACGCUGGAGAGGGUCGAGAUCGACCUGCGCAAGAGCCUCAGCUCGCUUUCGGCUGAUAUCAUUCGGAGCCUGCGGCAAAGGCAAGUGGCUCCAGGGUUGCUGCGCGAGUACCUCGGCGUGCUGCGCGCGAGCAGGGGCGUGUUGCUGGUGCUGACGCCGCACGUGCUUCCGGAGCCGGAGCGCGGGGCCGGCGGCGGCGGCACGGGGCCGGGGGAGGUGGAGGUGGAGGCCGAGGAGACGGCGGCGCGGGCGCGGGCGCGGGCGCGCGACCUCGGCGUGCUGCAGCUGACGAACCGGCCGGCGGGGCUGGGGCUGGAGAUGGCCGACUUGCUGCGCGUCGUCGAGUCGCUUGCGGAUGGGGCGGGGAGGCUGGUGGUUGUCAACCGGCUGCGGGGCGCUGACGGGGUCGUCCUGGCGCUCGUGGUGAGGUAUCAGCCUUUUUGA